GUAUUUCACGACCAGUUCCCAAGUUCAGUAGUGUUUCAAACGUGAUCUACAUCAGUUGUUUGGCGAAGUAUUAAAAUGAGCGAGCUAGAGCAUCCCAUCGUGGCCACACGUUACGGUCCAGUGCGGGGCGUAAAGAAAACAGCUGGAACCGGUGUAGAGUAUUUGAACUUCCAAAAGAUACCGUACUGUAAACCACCUGUUGGUGAGCGACGCUUUAAGGAUCUAGAGGCACCGGAACCAUGGGCGGAACCGUUGGACUGUACGCAGCAAGGUCCGAGUGGAUAUCAGUUCAACAAGCUGCUGAACAAGAUCGUUGGUAGCGAGGAUCAUCUCUAUAUGAAUGUGUUCACAAAGGAGCUAAAACCGCAAAAACUUCUACCAGUUAUGGUAUGGAUUCAUGGUGGAGCAUUUAUGCGUGGUUCUAGCGGCACCGAAAUGUACGGUCCGGAUUAUCUCAUUCAAAAGGACAUCGUAUUGGUUACCUUCAACUAUCGCAUUGGAGCAUUCGGAUUUCUAUCUCUCGAUUCACAAGAGUUGGGCAUCCCAGGCAAUGGUGGUUUAAAGGAUCAAAAUUUGGCCCUCCGUUGGGUGCGAGAUAAUAUCGCUCACUUUGGCGGAGAUCCGGACAAUGUUACGCUGUUUGGGGAGAGUGCCGGAGGAUGCUCGGUGCACUAUCACAUGGUGUCGGAACAAUCACGAGGUCUGUUCCGGCGGGCGAUCGUAAUGUCCGGCUGUACGCUGAACAAUUGGUCCACGAUGCCAAAGCGUGGUAUGGCUGAACGGUUGGCGAAAGCGCUCGGUUGGAAUGGAAAGGGUGGCGAAGCUGAAGCAUUUAAAGUUUUGAUGAAUGCUUCAGCUGAAGAUAUCACUAAGCAUCAGGAUCAGCUGUUAACUGCAAAUGAGUUGGAAAAUCGUAUACUUUUUGCAUUUGGCCCGGUCAUUGAACCGUACCUGUCGCCAAACACCUUCAUUCCCAAGAAACCGCUGGAAAUGUGUCGUGAGGCGUGGAGUAACGAUAUCGAUAUUCUGAUCGGUGGUAACUCCGAGGAAGGACUAUUUUGCUUGAGCUCGAUCAAAGAAAACCCAGCCAUAAUGGAUAAUCUGAAGAACUUUGAGUUCUUGGUACCGAUGGAGCUUGAGUUGGUACGAAGCUCCCAAAUGUGUCGCGAAUAUGGGCUACGGUUGAAGAAGUUUUACUACGGUGAUACGGAACCAUCGUUCGCAAAUCGAGAAGGUUAUUUAACGCUAAUGACGGACAAGCUUUUUUGGCACGGUAUUCAUCGUACCGUGUACUCCCGUAUCAAUUCGCGCAAAGGUGCCAAAACGUUCGUCUAUCGAUUUUCGGUAGAUUCCGAAACGUACAAUCACUACCGGAUUUACUUUUGCGAUCGUAAUGUGCGUGGAACUGCUCAUGCUGAUGACCUUUCGUAUCUGUUUAAAAAUCUAUUCAGCCCCGUACCGGCUGUGGAUACGUUUGAGUAUAGGACGAUGCAACAAAUGGUCGAGCUGUUUACUAACUUUGCCAUCAUGGGCACCCCGAAUGGUGGAACUUUAGGAGACAUUUGGGAACCGGUUGGUACUGGGGUGGAACCGUACAAAUGUUUGAACAUUAAUAAUAGUGGAUUGAGCUUUGUCGACCUGCCGGAAAUGAGACGCAUGAAGCUGUGGGACUCGAUUUACAAGAAGGAGCAACUUUAUUAACUGCUGUCCGGUGGCCUGCCUAGAAUUAUGC